AUGGGAGAGAUCAAGCCUAGCGUCGUAAUUGACAUUCCAGAGGAGUUGGAACCUGAAUUGAAAGAAACAUGUUGGAUGCAGAGGGUUCCAAGGAAGCUUCGACAGGUAAAUCCAGCAGCUUACACCCCCAAACUGAUAUCUAUAGGCCCUUUUCACCAUGGAAAACCAACACUCGAUGCCAUGGAAAACCACAAAACCAAAUAUUGCGAAAAAUUCUGGGAAAGGGACUUCUGUAAACAUAUUAGGGAGAAGGGUAUUAUCGGAGUAUUCACCGGAGAAGUAAGCAAUCUCCGACAACGCAUCUGGGACAUCUAUGCGGGGACCUUUGAUCAUGUAAAGGACAUGGACCAAUUGUUGAAGGUGAUUUUACAAGACUCCUGCUUCAUCUUCGAGCUCUUCUUGAGAAACUACGAAAAUCGGUUUAAGGAGAAAGAGGAUAUAACAGACUAUAUAUUGAGAACACCAUGGCUGAUCAAAUGUAUAGUGCUGGACUUGAUAAUACUGGAAAAUCAGCUACCGUAUUUUGUUUUCACCUAA